AUGUUUCACCCCAUCGGGAUUCGAACUCACGACCUCUGCGACCAGCGGAUUACGAGGAUACCACUAGACCACCGGGCCGUGGGAGUAGAGAUGGCAAAAGACUGCUCGUGGAAUGCAGACAUGUCCAAGGUGGCGGAAAAGGGCAAAGCACGAGCAGGGAAGUUGCACCCAAUACUCGCAAACCGGCAUCUCGAUACACGCAUCAAAUUGACGGUUUUGAAGAGCGUAAUCGUACCGCCGCUAGAUUACGCUGGAGCAGUAUGGGAAGGAAAUAAGAACGUAGGGAAAGAAUUAGAGGCGGUGCAGAUGAAAGUGAGGAAAAAUUUCCUAGGAUGCUCCAAGCGCACAAGGCCGUCAGGGCAGAAUUGGGGAUCCAAUCCUUACGGUCGGGAAGAGACACGAGGAAACUGA